GGAAUCUGUCCAACUUCUUACAUGGCUCGCUUGUGAGCAUCUGCCCUCUACCGCUCCUACAGUCAAAACCUACACGCCCUCCUCCCUCCAGCACUUGUCGCAGUCUCUCAGUCGACGACAGAGACGCGCUGCCUCUCUCUUUUCAACUGUCGCUCCUUUGCACGCCCGCAGUCAACCAUCUUUAGAGCCUCUGUUUCAUGCGUGUUUCAUCCAUGCAAUAAUAUCUCAACGUCAUCACUCACCAAAAACUGUUGGGGCUCGUAUUUCAAGCUUCUCGCGAACCAACCCGUCAAGCCUCCACCACCCACCGUAAUGUCGCCCUCAGCAAUACACACCAAGGUCACCCCGCCUUACCAAAAACCCAAUCUAUACAUCCAUGGCAUUGGAGUCGAAUACCCUCCUUAUGAAAUCAAGCCAGACCAUCUGGAGACCCUUGCCAGGCGCUUUUAUCCCAGUACCCCAGCACUCGAAAAGGUGCUGAGGAUCAACGAGUAUACGGGGAUCGACUCUCGUUCUGCAAUUGGCAACAUUGACCAUCCAAUUGCGAAUGCGCCUGAGCCCCCGACCAUAGCCGAGUUGUGCGACUUGUUUCUCGACCAUGGUGUGAAGCUGUCAAUAGAAGCUUGCCGCAAGGCCAUCAAGCAAUGGGGAGGAGACCUGUCUGAAAUCACCCAUGUCGUUGCGACUACCUGCACCAACUCGGCGAAUCCAGGCUAUGACCAUUAUGUCAUCAAAGGACUCGGUCUCAACCCCAGCAUAGAAAAAGUCCUUCUGCACGGAGUGGGUUGCUCUGGCGGGCUCGGAGCGUUACGAACAGCGGCGAACAUCGCGCUUGGUUCCAGCUUUCGACGGAAGCCUGCACGCAUCCUGGUCUUUGCCUGCGAGAUAUCAAGCACCCUGGUCAGAUCUGAGCUGGACUCGAUCCACAAGAACCAGGAGGUCAGAAUAGGCGUCACCUUGUUCAGUGACUGUGCGUCGGCCGUGGUGCUCGGUAAUGGGUUCAGCGACCGAUAUGACGAAGAACCGAUCUUGGAGCUCUUGGGUUGGGACCAUAAGAUUAUUGAAGACACCGAAAAGGAUCUAGGUUUUGACGUUGACCCUGUCGGUUGGAAAGUGGUCUUGACACAGCGAGUUCCCAAGUUAGCUUCAGCUGCGGUACCUGCCAUGUUUGAGGAUCUGGUAGGAUCAGUACCAGAGCUCGUCGACCUCGGGAAAUUCAAGGCAUCGGACUAUGACUGGGCGCUUCAUCCUGGCGGCUCCACGAUUAUCACUGGGGUGGAACGGGCGAUGAAUCUGAAACCCGAACUCCUCCGCGCGAGCUAUGAGGUUUACAUUACUCACGGCAACAGUUCCAGCGCCACCAUCUUCAGCGUCAUGAACCGACUGCUCGAGGGUGAAACGACGGACCACAUCGUGGCGUGUGCCUUCGGGCCAGGGAUUGCGGUCGAAAUGAUGAUGCUCAAAAGGAGUAAUCAAGGGUCAGAUGCAGGAACUGAAAGCCCAACGGAAACUCUGGUUGCCGAAGACGUUGACUGAAAUUGCGGAGUUGGAGGGAUGGCUGUGUCGGCGCCCCUAAGGCUGACUUUCCGUGUACAGGGCGCACCAGGCGUCGUGGAGUAGCGCAGCACAGCAUAUGACAUGUACAACCAGGUAGAGAAAUGCCUCAGAGACGAUGAUUGGUUUUUGCAACCGUGCCUGUGUGGUCAAUCUGUUUACAGACCGGAUGGAAGGGGCAACAUGAUAGAUCGCUAGGGCUCCAGCGACUUUGCCAGAAACAUCAUCCCGUGGCCGGUUGACGAAUACCAUUGCCACCAGGACAGAGGCCAG